GAAAACAAUUCGAGCGUCGUUGGUGCGUGGUCGCUUGGCGUUGUCGCGGUUCUUUGCGUUCUCCUUGUGUUGUUGUGUUGUGGCAUUUUAGCAAUAAUUUGUGUGUGUUGUUUACAUUGAAAAAAAAUAUCAUCGGAGUCAAGAAAACAAAAUCAAUAUUCUUCUAAUGUCAUUUUUAUGAUAUCGCCCUGAUUGAUCAACAUGUCGACAAGAAGUGGUCGUGUGAGAACAAGUGCUAUUGAAACGAGUCCUAUUCGAACUCGUAAAGGUGUAUCGCCGCCGCGAUCCCCCGCCAGAACGCGGAAAACUUCUCCGGCGUCCAAAAGUUCCCCGGCGCGGAAAAGUUCACCCCCCGCGCGUUCAUCCCGGAAAUCUCCUUCACGAAAAUCGCCGAGUCGUAAGCCAGCGUCUAAGUUUCCCGCCCGAAAAUCGCCUUCAAGAACUACUAAAGAAACCGCGGAAACAGCCUCCCAGAAGUCACCAACUAAACGUCCGGCUAUAAAAACUGAUACCAAUGUUUCGGUAAAACUUGAAGACCUCUCAUCUAAGUUAGAAAUUUUCCGCAGCACUCGGUCCAAACGGACUGAAUAUUCUAUCAAGGAUGUCAUCUCUUCCACAUCAAAUGAUUUGCCCGAACUUGAGAAGGUAAAUGGUGUUGAUUCAAAUGAUUUGUUUGGUCUAAGAAAUCGUAAAUCUGUGGAAGAAGUACCUCCACGCAGAUCCAGUCGAUUGAAAGAGUUUAUGGACAAUGUGCCUGACAUAAGACGCAGUCUUAGCAAAUCUAUCAGCAAGUCGGUGAGUAAGUCGAUUAGCCAGUCUCUUGACACAUAUUCAGAUGAAGAGAUCUCUGAGGAAGAGUUGUUCAAGGAUAAAAUUAAGCCUGUCACUAGAAAACUUGCUACUCCUUUACGAGGCAGCGAGAGCAAACUUGUCCAGAUGGGCAGCCGAUGGGAGUUUGGUGGCAGGGUUGGAUCUGCAUUGCUAAUUAUUCUGAUUCCUGUUGUGGUAUUAUCGAUUUUAAUUUCAUGUAAAAAAUCUUGCUCAUUGAAAUCUAUUUUGAAUAUAAACGAACACAAGUCUAUUGGACAAUGGCUAACAGUACAUGCAGGAAUAUUCUCUUUAUGUCAAUAUUUGGUGCAAGCAAUAUUUGCGGUUGUACCGUUAUUUGGAACAAAAGCUGACAGAUUAGAUGAGACUGGCAAUAAAUAUUGUUUCAAUGCAUUUUUUGCCAGUGUGUUCACUGUGAAUGCACUUUAUCUAUUGGAUUUCUUCGAAAUUUAUGACAAAGAAGCCUUGUUAAAUGAGUACUUGCAAUUGGCUGUGGUAUCGUACACAUUUGCCGUUCUACUUAGCUUGGUUCUGUAUGUAAAGAGCAGGAAUAUUGAUAGCACAGAACUAAACUUGUAUGGAAGUACUGGAUACAAACUGUAUGAUUUCUUCAUGGGACGUGAGAUUCACCCUUUUAUCAAGAAACUGGAUGUUAAAGUUUGGAUAUCAAGAGUGUCCAAUAUUAAUUCUCUUAUUUUCACAGCGUUGAUUUUUAAACAAGGAUUGCAAUAUGAAUACACAAAAGUUGAGGAUCAGAAUCUGUCCAUUGACAAUUUGAAAGUUAUGUUACAAAGCGUGCAGACCAAACCAACCAUCCUGGUGUUCUCGUUGAUGCAACUGACUUACAUCCUAAACUUUGUUAUGAAGGAACACAAGGUCACAACAACAUUUUUCUGGCAAUCAGAAGGUGUUGGAUACCUCCAAGUCGUAUCCAGUGCUUUAUACCCAUUCUAUUUCACAUCAAUAUCUAAAUUUGUGGCAGACACUCAGUUAUCUCUGUCAACUAACAUCUUAAUCUCUGCUUCUGUACUAUAUGUGCUGGGAUUCUUCAUAAUGCUUAUUAGUAACAAUAUUAAACAUGAAUUCAGGACAAAUCCAUUACAACCCAGUAUGGCAAAUUUGGAUUCAAUGCCGACGUUCCAUGGUAAGAAGCUGCUGGUAUCGCGACUGUGGGGCUUGCUUCGGCACCCGAAUUAUGCUGGCGAUAUCUUGAUACACCUCGCGCUGGCAACGCCUGGUGUUGUGUCGGAGAACUACGUAGCUGCAGCGCCUGCGUUGCUGACUAUUUUGGUGUUGCUGCAUCGAGCGUGGCGGGACCACGCGCGCUGCGGCCGCCGGUACGGAGCCGCCUGGAACAGAUACUGCAAGAGAGUACCCUCCCUCAUCAUACCAAAGGUACUAUAAAAAACAAUUGAAUUCCAACACCAAACGCUACGAACAAAUCGAAAUAUGCAUUUCAAACUACACCCAAUUAGAUGAUGUACUAGAUUGUAAUGUACAUAGUGAUUAUGUAUGAACAAAUAUUACGUUCAAUGUAUUAAUGAUGAGAUAAUAACUUAACUAUCUUAAGAGGGAUCUCGAAUAGUAAGUAGAUUGUUGAAAUGUUACAUAUUAUAUGUAGUUAGUUAAUAUGAGAUUAAUGACAUUGCCAUAUAAACCACCGGAUAAAUUUUCGAAUACUAAAUUAGCUCUCUAAAUUUAGACAAUAUUGUUUUAUUAUUUGUCUUUAGAUUAAAUUAUUUCUAUUAGGCUCAAAAUCUAGUAAUCCUCUUGAGUAAGGUGAAGGCAAUUUAAUUUUACAUGGAAAAAGUACCAUAGCAUAAGUAAAGAUAAAUUAUUUUAUGUGUUACAUUAUAAUGACAAUUCAAUUAUUUAAAUAUGAUAAAUUUAUCAUCUUGAGUUCAAUUUUACCUGUAAUUUAAAUAUAGCAUUUAGGUAUUAUGGUUGGUAUGAAUUUUAUAAUACCAAAAUCUCUACUUAAAAUCCUUCAGGAAAUGUUAUUAGGAAUUACAAAGUUCAUUUUGAUUUAAUAAUUAUUACAUAUUAUUUGGGUGUUCCCAUAAUAAAUAAUAUUGAUGGUAAUUGUAAUGGAAGGUAAAGAAUAAAGUCACACGGUUUUUAAUGCCAUGUAGUUAUAAUAUUGUAUUGUUAUAAAUAUAUUUAUUAGUAUGUAUUAUGUACUAUUGUGUGCCUCAUACUUUUAUGCUUUUAAAGCACAAAAUUAAAAUUAAAAGACAAAGAUAAUGUUGCUCAUAGAUCGAUUUUGAAACUUGUUGCUCAAUGCAUUUAUUCUAUGGUUGUACUAAGAUACUUAUAAAUGCUGAUUCCGCCUGAAUUGGAUCAUUGUAUACUUAAGUUACUUGCCACUAAGUUUUUAAAAUUUAACCAUAAUUUUGUUUAACUUUAAAUGCAAUAUGAGUAUUACAGCGCACUUUUUAUUAGUAUUAAUUUUAUUAUAUCAGUAUAUUUGACGAUAACUAAUCUUAUUAUGUAUUUUACUUUAUUUUUUAUAGAAAACCAAAAGAUAAGGUAUUAUAAAUUGUACAAAAUAUUGUAAGUUUUGUAUUUUAUAAUAUGUAGAAUCUUCAUAGACUCGUAUUUUUUCAAAGCUGAUGUUUUUUUAAUAAGCGAAUUUCAUUGAAUCUUCAUUUUGACUUUUGAAAGCUAUACAAAUUGUUUUUUUAUAAUGCCUAACUAAAAUAUUGUGUUUAAAUUCAUUAUUCUUACGGAACGAAACAAGAUCUGCCUUAUUUUUGUGUAUGACAUGACAUUCAUUAAAUUUAAUUAAUCACAAUGGUUAUCUUUAAAAGUAAUCUUAACAUAUCUAAUUAUCUACUUUGACGAGCUUUAAUGUAAAUAGAAUUCUCAGAUAUUUCUGAAUGUUCAUCUUCAUCCAUUACAUUAGGAAAAAAGACUGAACAUCACCAUAAAAGUAUAUAACAUUUUGAGAUUUUAUACCUUCAGUCAACUUAGGAAACAAAACUAGCGCAAAUGAACAUGAUAUUACGAGCUUAAAAUUUGUCAUGUAAGAAAUUGAGGUAGGUACUAUUCUCCAGUACAUUAUGUAUUGUUUAUUUUGUAAUAAUUGAUAGAGAUACAUAUUAAUGUAAUUUAAUUUUAAAAUAAACUUUAUUGAAUGCA